UAAAUAUAUAAUGGUUAAGAAAGCAGCUCCUAAGAAAUAAGAGACAAAAACAGCCCCAAUUAGAAGAACAAGAACAAUAACUACUUUAAUAAAAGACAAUGAAAAUAUUGUACACGAAAAAUUAGGAUAGACUAGAAGUAAAAGCAAUGGUAAAUAUCUUUUUUAUCACUCAGGUGUAUUACAAAAGAAGAUUACCAAGUAGACUUAAGAAACAAAAUAAAAGAAUGGAGUUAAUGAAAAAGAAAAGAGUGCGCCUAAAAAGAAUUCAAAUUAAAAAGAAGAAAAAUAACCAAUUAAAGAUGAAACGAAAUAAAAAAAAUAACCAGAAGUUAAAGAUACUAAAAAACCUAUUUAAACUAAGUAGAUAGUGGAACCAGUAUAGAAAAAAGUAAUUAGUAAAAAAAAAAGUGCUCCAAAAAAAAGUCCUGUUAAAAAAAGUACACCAAAAAAAACUCCUGUUUAAGAAACUGUUGCUAAGGAAGUGAAAAAACCCAUCCCUGCGGAAAAGAAAAAUGAAAAGGAAGGAAUUAAAAGUGAAAAAAAAGUAGAAGAAAAAUCUGAAAAGAAAAACAAUGAUAAAAGUGAAAAGAAAGUUACAGAUAAAUCUGAUAAAAAAGAAGUAGAAAAAUCAGAAAAGAAAAUAAAUGAUAUAAGUGAAAAGAAGCCUGUUGAGAAAUCAGAUAAGAAAAGUGAGAAAAAAGGAAAAAAUGAAAAAAAAGAAUAAAGUUAAGAAUAACAGGAAUAAAAAUAAACAGAUUCUGCAAAGCUCCCUAGAAGAACAGAAAGCAAAGCUAAAGCUGGCAUAGUUGAUGUUGUCUUUUGUGUAGAUACUACUUAAUCUAUGUCUCAAUAUUUAUAUUAAACAAAGGUAAUAAAUGAUUAAUUAUGUAGAAUACUGUAAAAGAAAUUAUUAAAAAUAUCAAAGUUAAAGCUUAAAAUGAAGACAUUAGUGUUAAAUUUGGGUUUGUAUGCUACAGAGAUCACCCUCCUUAAGACUACACCUAUGUAACUAAAAUCUAAGGAUUAUGUGGAGAAGAAGAAAUACUUGAUUUUAUAGAAUAACAAGGUGCGCAAGGAGGAGGAGAUGUACCUGAAGCUGUUUUGGAUGGACUGUAUGAUGCUGCAAAAAAGAUUGAAUGGAGAGAUUCCAGUCAUAAACCUUCAUUAAGAUAUAUCUUUCAUGUAGCUGAUGCUCCUCCUCAUGGAAAAGAGUUUACUGAUUAACCAUCAUCUUGGCCUAAUGGAGUUCCGUAUUAUUUAGCUUAUAUUAUAGAUCUGGUGUAACACUUGAUAAAGUAGCUCAUGUGAUUAAUAUCAGGGAGAUCCAUUAUAGAUUGAUAAAUGUUAAUAAACUAAAUUUUUUAGAUAAUAUGAAAAAGUUGUUUAAGGAAAAGUUUACUAAUUAUGAAGAAACAGAAUUAGCAAAUGCAAAGGAAAUGGAUUUCAGAGUUAGUGAUAUGAUCAUUAGAGAAUUAUUACCGGAUGUUGAUUAUAAUGAUUGAAUCUU